AAAUGUUUGCUAUUUCGUGAUUCAUAUAUGAUACUUUCACUCCAGGUUUACCAAAGUGGAGAUCCCAAAGCUCGUGAGAUUGUAUUAUCUAAUAUGGCUUUGGCAUUUGAUCGCAUCUUCAUGGAUGUCAAGGAUCCUUUUGAAUUUUCAUCCUAUCACAAAGCUAUUCGAGAACCUUUUGACUACUACAUGUUUGGUCAAAAUUAUAUCCGUCCCUUGAUUGACUUCAGGAACUCUUAUGUUGGAAACAUUUCUCUUUUCAAUGAAAUUGGAGACAAGCUUCUUCAGGGUGACAACAUUGUCUUGAUGUCUAACCACCAGACUGAAGCAGAUCCAGCUGUUAUUGCAUUGCUGCUGGAAUCAACAAAUCCUAAUCUUGCUGAGAACGUGAUCUAUGUGGCUGGGGAUAGAGUUAUUACUGAUCCUCUUUGCAAGCCCUUUAGCAUGGGAAGGAAUCUGUUAUGUGUUUAUUCAAAAAACCACAUGAAUGAUGAUCCUGAGCUGGUUGAGAUGAAACGUAGAGCAAACACAAAAAGCUUAAAAGAGAUGGCUUUGCUUCUGAGGGGUGGAUCAACAAUAAUCUGGAUUGCACCAAGUGGUGGCAGGGACCGCCCAGAUCCUGUCUCAGGAGAGUGGUAUCCAGCACCCUUUGACGUUUCCUCAGUGGACAACAUGAGAAGGCUUGUGGAACAUGCUGGUGUUCCUGGUCACAUAUAUCCCUUGGCAAUAUUAUGUCAUGAUAUCAUGCCCCCUCCACCAAAGGUGGAAAAAGAAAUUGGGGAGAAAAGAAUGAUAUCAUUCCAUGGGGUUGGAUUGUCAGUGGCACCAGAAAUCGGUUUCCAUGCCACUUCCUUGGAAGACCCUGAAAAGAAUAAGGCAGCUUAUACGCAGGCAUUGUAUGAUUCUGUGAACGAACAGUAUAACGUGCUUAAGUCUGCUAUACAUGGUAAACAAGGUCUAAAUGCAUCAACACCUACUGUCUCGUUGUCCCAGCCAUGGCAAUAGCUAACUCAUAAUCUGUUUGACCUCCAUAUGCU